AAAGAACUCAAGGAGACUCAUUUCACCUUACAGUUUAUAUCAAAGUUAUAAGUCACGUUCACUAAGCAUAAAACAACCACAAAUAUAACAGUAAAUGUGUGGGUGAUGAGUUGUUUAUGUUCGGUUUGCAGUGUGAGUCUGAUCAUCCAAGCCGAUCAUUGAUUAUUGACCCAUACGACAAGAAUUACAUCUCUUACGAUGUCUUUACUGAAGAAGAACUCCAGGAAAUCAUAAACUACAAAAAGAAAAGCCUUCCAAAACCUUCAGAUUCUUUGAAAAUUUUUUUGAAUCAAUACAACCAAGACAGCACAGCUAAGCUUCGAGCUGCUCUAAGAAAUAAUCACACCUUUCACUCUGAUUACAACAAAGAAGAAAGCGCUGACGAGGACUGGAUCACUUUGGUCAUCUUUUCCCUGGUUCGACAGUACGAAAAUAGUAAUCUGAAUAGGCCUCACAACGAACGAUGGUAUCAAACCCACAUUUGGUCAAUGAUCGAAUCUUGUUUCGAUAAAUACAAGGAGAUUGAGGCUGUCGAUGGUGAGUCUGCUUCUCUAGGGACCAAGAAAAGGAAGAAUAAUGCAAGGACGAUUGGAUCCAUAUCAAAAAUCAGUCGAUCCAAGUAUGGUCAUAAGUGCGACUUGAUUUUUAGACAAUACAACAAUCAGCAUACUGCCCCUUUGGAAUUUGGUGCUAGUGAAGCUAAGUCGAAGAUUGAGGAUGAAUCUGGCACAAACUUUAUGAAUGAAGGCUUUUACAAACUACCACAAACAUUGAAAGACAUGUUGGACUCUUUACUUGAGGAAAUCAACUUUGAUCAUCGUUCAGAGGCGAUUCGCACUGUUGGAUUCAUUCAUUCUGGCUUAUCAAGCACGUUAAUUGAGUUCGACAGACCCACCAAGUAUGUUUCGCGUGUGUCAAGAUGCAAGACGUUAGUGAUUAGCAACUCUGUGGAUCAAUUUGGAUUUACUGUCUUACCAGUUAUUCUUUCUACGUGGGUGUGCUCCAAAAUUGUCGAGGAAGUGUUUGAAAUCGUUUCGUCCAAAGUACCUCUGUAAAACUUUUGUAUCUAUUAUUGCCACAUCUCUAUAUCACCAUAAAGAGCCACUCUAUCGUUCAAGAAUUUUUUGUUAGUAAAAAAUAAACAAUGUGGACGGAAGAGAGAGAGAUAUAAUGCAACGUUGUGUAUCUUAGGCAAGGCUUUAAAUUAUCAAAAACAACUGGAGGGCAC